CUUCAACUUGUCUUACAUUAUAGGAAAUGGGUCCUCGAGCGGAGAAGAAAGAGAAGAAGCUCGAUGAAGCCAAUUGAGGGAUUUUCGGCCACUGGGUGUGGGUAAGAGCCUCGGGAUACUGCUGUGAUGUUUUUGAUUAAUGUAUCUAAGUCCAAAUGGUAUACUGAUUUAUGUUGGUUUACUACACAUUGUGGAUCAGACAUAAGAACAGUUGCUUUAAGAAUCAUUAAUACGGAACAACUUGUCAUGGUAGAUCUCAUGCUGUUGUUUGGCUCUGAUGAGUAAUCAGGAAAUAUUUCUUAGUAACUGUUUGAAGAUUGGGCCGACCCAUAUUUCUGUUCUGUCUAUCCUGUCAUCGCUGACAGCCUUUCCCAAAGUAUCAAAGCUUCGUUGAAAUACUCCACCUUGUUUGACCGCUACAAUGCUCGUGGCGAGAACGUCAUGCUUCCCGAAAUCUUGUUCGAGUGAUUCAGGUUACCAACAUUAGGGAAUUUUCUCUGUUACCAACAAUCAUGCGAGCUAAACGGCUUACUACGUUUGGACAUAAACAGUUUUCCUGCUCAAACUCUCCAUAUUUUAAGUUUCAUUACUCAUGCGUCUCCACCGUGAUUCUAUCAAAACCCAAUCUCCGCUCCACUGCAAGCCAAAAACGCAGCAAAUUUCUCGUUUACUGCAACACUCAGAUCACGAAAUAUGGAAAAAACGGUGAUAUCAAAGAGGCUGAGUCCAUCUUCGAUCGCAUGCCCCACAAGAAUACCAUCUCUUGGACUGCCAUGCUCACAGCAUAUGGAGAAAAUGGCAAAACUGUCAAAGCUCGAAAUAUGUUUGACGAAAUGCCCGAACGAAGCACCGCUUCAUAUAAUGCCAUGAUCACUGCAUAUAUUCGGAACAAUUGUAUGGUAGAAGAAGCUUUUGAGCUGUUUUCUGAGAUGCCCAAGCGUAAUGCUAUCUCUUAUGCUGCCAUGAUCACAGGUUUUGCACGGGCAGGGAUGCUUGACAAGGCCGAGAAGCUCUAUUCUGAGAUGCCAGUGAAGUGGCAGGACCCCGUUUGUUCGAAUGCCUUGAUAAAUGGGUUUUUGAAGGUGGGAAGGUUGGAAGAGGCGGGUUGGGUUUUUGAGGGUAUGGUGGAAAGAGACGUGGUUUCUUGGAGUUCUAUGGUUGAUGGGUACUGCAAAGGGGAACGGAUAGUUGAUGCCAGGAAUUUGUUUGAUAUCAUGCCCGAGAGAAAUGUAGUUACUUGGACUGCAAUGAUUGAUGGGUAUAUGAAGAUAAAGAGUUUCAAAGAUGGGUUUGAAUUGUUUUUAGGCAUGCAAAGGGAAGGAAUAGUGAAGGUUAAUUCAACUACCUUGACUGUGCUGUUUGAGGCUUGUGGCACUUUCGGUAGGUGUGGAGAAGGGAUUCAAGUGCAUGGAUUAGUUUCACACAUGGGAUUUGACUUUGAUGUCUUCUUAGGAAAUUCUAUCAUGACCAUGUAUUGUAGAUUUGGUUGUAUGGAUGUAGCUACCAAGUUAUUUCAUCAUAUGAGUAGGAAAGAUGUAGUUUCUUGGAAUUCAUUGAUUGCAGGUUAUGUCCAAUGUGGCUCAAUUGAUGAAGCCUUCAGGCUAUUCGAGAGGAUGGCAGAAAAAGAUGUAGUAUCAUGGACGACCAUGAUUACAGGAUUCUCUAGCAAAGGGAUAACUGACAAAUGCGUUCAGUUGUUUAAAUUGAUGCCUGAGAAAGAUGAUAUUUCUUGGACUGCUGUCAUUUCAGGGUUUGUGAAUAAUGGGGAGUAUGAGGAGGCCUUCCGUUGGUUUAUUAAGAUGCUUCAGAAAGCAGUCAGGCCAAACCCUCUUACUUUGAGCAGUGUGCUUAGUGCUUCAGCCAGUUUAGCAACACUUAACCAAGGGCUGCAAAUCCAUGCUCAUGUAUUAAAGAUGGUUAUGGAAUUUGAUUUGUCCAUUCAAAACUCUUUGGUCUCGAUGUACUCAAAAUGUGGAAAUAUGGAUGAUGCCUACCGGAUCUUCACAAAUAUCACUGCACCUAAUAUUGUUUCUUUUAACUCGAUGAUUACUGGGUAUGCCCAAAAUGGGUUUGGAGAAGAAGCACUCCAUUUAUUUCGGGAAAUGCAGAAUGAAGGUCAGGAAACAAAUCAAAUCACAUUUCUUGGUGUUCUUUCAGCUUGCACCCAUGUGGGAUUUGUAGAAGAAGGAUGGAACUACUUUAUCUCAAUGAGUUCACAAUAUAAUAUUGAACCAGGGCCUGACCACUAUGCAUGCAUGGUUGAUCUCUUUGGCCGAGCUGGAUUGCUAGACAAAGCAGUUGAUUUGAUCCAGUCAAUGCCUUUUGAGCCACAUUCUGGAGUUUGGGGAGCUCUUCUUGGUGCAAGCAGGACCCAUAUGCAUAUUGAUAUUGCAAAGCUCGCGGCUGAACACCUAAUCGAAUUGGAGCCCGAUAAUGCAACCCCUUAUGUGGUCUUAUCGAACUUAUAUUCUGUAACAGGGAAAAGGAAGGAUGGGAAUGAAGUCAGAAUGACCAAGAAAUCAAAAGGGAUCAGGAAGAAUCCAGGUUGCAGUUGGAUUAUAGUGAAUGACAAGGUUCAUUUGUUUCAUGCAGGAGAUGAAUACCAUAUGGACUUGGGAAGGAUUAAGGUUACACUUUGGACCAUUGCAGUGGAAAUGAAACAGUUGGAUUAUAAUAGAUAUUGACAUGUUUCCUUUCUUUAAAAUGACCUAUAUGUCACUGGAGGACCGGAGUUCAUCACCAUUAGUGUUUCUUGUAUAUAUCUUGGUUUUCUUCUGAUUCUUAUAUUUGAUUAUUUGAGGCUAGUAUUGAGGCUUUAUUUGGGAGGACAACAGAGAUUCUUGGGUUGCUUUUCCUUCUCUUACUUUAACUGGAGGCUUGAGGAAUUAAGUAAACAAUUACAAGAAAAGGCAUCACUCUUUCAAUGGGUACUGAUGGUUUAAUAUACAGCUUACAUCAAAUUAGUUUUUUUUCACUUCUCUCUUUGGGAACUUGUAUGGGGCUGAAAGUUUUCAAAAGUUUUGAAGAAGACAUCUAAGUUUUUACUGAUGGGAUUGGAUUGUCAUAAAAAUUGUCCUUCUUGUGUGUUCUUCGUAGACCACAUUCAUGAGGAUGCCUCAAGAGUCUGUUUCUCUAUACAAAUGCCUUGAAGCCUUCUUAAAGGAGGAGCCUUUAGGACCAGAAGACGUGUGGUACUGCCCUAGCUGCAAGAAGCUUAGGCAAGCCUUCAAAAAGCUAGAUCUCUGGCGAUUGCUUGAGAUUCUUUUGUUCAUUUGAAGAGGUUCUCAUACGACCGAUAUUUUAAGAAUAAGCUAUAAACGUUUGUUGAUUUCCCAGUUGAUGAACUUGAUUUCUCAACCAACAUUGCCCACAGGAAUAGCCAGUUCUCUAAUUGCUACAUGCUGUAUGCAAUUAGUAAUCACGAUGGAGGUUUGGGUGGCGGUCACUAUACAACAUCUGUUCAUGAGCAAUGAUGGAAGAUGUUGCAGUAAUGAGAGAAGACAAACUGAUAUUGAGAGGGUUGAAGUUCCAUGGAUAUCAUGGGGUGAAGCUAGAAGAAAGGAAGCUGGGUCAGAAGUUCUUGGUGGACGUUGAUUCCUGACCAAUGUGAUAGGCCAGGAUUAAAAGCUGCAUUUGUUCCAUGCAUGCUGACAUUUUUCAAACACUUGGUAGGCGCGUUUUUUUUUUUGGACAUACCUAUCUUAUUUGUGUUUCAUGCGGUUUCCCUUGCGUUUUGUAUUUA